AAUUAUCACACACCCUUCUUUGAUAAUUACUCAGCUCUAUCCACUCGCAUCAAUGGCGUCACCGCCGGAUACUAGCAAGACAACCAAACUCGAAAGAUACAAUAGCUAUAUCCGGAGAGUAAAUAGCACCAAGCUUUUGGCUGCUUCCUCCAAGCUUCUGUUUCGGGUUACCCUUUUGGUAGCUUUGAUCUUGAUCUUCUUCUUUACGUUUAAUUAUCCUCCAGCUUCCGAUAACGUUGCUAGUCCCGCUGGCCGCCAUGUCCACACCACAUCCCAUCUCUUGUCUUCCGCGUUUUACGGUAGUGGUGCGUCGUGGGAGAAGGAGGUGAGGCGUUCGUCAACCCCUCGUCGUCCUAAUGGGUUCUCGGUGCUGGUCACCGGUGCCGGAGGAUUUGUUGGGACGCACUGCUCGCUUGCUUUGAAGAAACGCGGUGAUGGUGUCCUGGGUCUGGAUAAUUUCAAUACUUACUAUGACCCGUCGUUGAAACGGGCGAGACAGAAGGUUUUGAAGCAACACGAGAUCUUCAUCGUUGAAGGAGAUCUAAACGACGGCGAGUUGUUGGCUAAGCUUUUUGACAUUGUUCCCUUCACACAUGUGCUUCACUUGGCUGCUCAGGCGGGUGUACGCUACGCCAUGGAGAAUCCAAUGUCCUACGUUAAUUCCAACAUUGCCGGAUUCGUGAAUCUCCUUGAAGUGGCGAAAAACGCCGAUCCACAGCCGUCGAUUGUAUGGGCUUCUUCUAGCUCUGUUUAUGGAUUGAACACCGAGAAUCCGUUCUCAGAAUCUCACCGGACGGACCAACCGGCCAGCCUUUAUGCCGCCACAAAAAAGGCGGGAGAGGAAAUCGCCCACACCUACAACCAUAUCUACGGCCUUUCCAUCACCGGACUUCGAUUUUUCACCGUUUAUGGGCCGUGGGGCAGACCGGACAUGGCCUACUUCUUCUUCACCAAGGACAUACUUCAAGGGAAACCCAUUAACGUCUACCAGACUCACGACAACAAGGAGGUGGCACGUGACUUCACGUACAUCGACGACAUCGUGAAGGGAUGCUUAGGGGCGGUGGACACGGCGGAGAAGAGCACCGGAAAAGGGGGAAAGAAGAGAGGACCCGCACAGCUAAGGAUAUACAAUCUGGGGAACACGUCGCCGGUGACGGUGGGGAAACUGGUGUCAAUUUUGGAGAGUCUAUUGAACGUGAAGGCCAAGAAGCAUGUGAUCAAGAUGCCACGAAACGGCGACGUUCCUUACACUCACGCUAACGUGAGCCUGGCGUACAGAGACUUCGGGUACAAACCAACCACCGACCUGUCCACCGGGUUAAGAAAAUUCGUCAAGUGGUAUGUUAGUUACUACGGCAUUCAACCGAGGGUAAAAGGGUCAAAUGACUCAGCUUGAUCCCCAUCUUUCACAAACUUUGUGUUUCCUUCCACUAAGUUGUGUUUUUUUUUUUUUUUUUUUUCAUUUUUGCCCCUUUUUAAGUUAUAAUUUUCUUGUAAGUCGAUCAAACGAUUGAUGCCAUUGUAUCGAGCCAAGGAGGGUCGAUGGCGGCUUCUCAAGGACCAAGAAGCAACCAUUCAAUCAUGAAGACGACCUUUCAAGCUUCAAGAGCAGCAAAAAAGCAAAUUCUGAUAUCAUUUGUAUCAUAGUCUACACUUUUUCAUAUAAAUAUAUACGUGCAACAUAUCAUAUCAUAUCAUAUCAUAAGAAGAAAGAAAAUGGGAACGGAGGUGGGGAAGUGUAGAUCUUGGGGAUGGAAGGGUGCAAAUUGUAAUAUUUUAUUAUCAAAUGUAAAUUUGAACAUAAUUGAUUUUGUACCCAAAAGCAAAAGGGUCCAAUCAAACGUUCCUCUUCAGGUAAAAUCUUAUAUUAUAUUGCUUAAACCAAAAUUCAUGG